AUGGUAGGCCCUUUCGCUCAGCCAUCAAUAUGCCAUGGAGAUAUUCUCCAAAGAGCCCAAAAACCAAGAAAAGUGGGCCAUUGGUCCAAGGGGAUUUCCUGCCUCAGCCACAUCUUUCAUGCGCAUCAGUCUUUGGCUGGAGAUUUCGAGCAAGGUUCCGAUGGCAGUUGGAAUGGCACACGAAGCCAAGGUGAGACCAUGUCUAAUGCGCGAUUUAUACGGAUGCUUGCAUAUUCCCCCUAAGCGCCACCACCAAUAAUGUAAUAUGCCUCUCCUAUGCUGAUCUUGUAUCCAUUUCUCCCUUACCCAAGCCACGUCUCGGAUCGGCCGGUUCGAUUGGGAUAACUCUUCGCUGCAAACGCUCUCCAGCCGUUUUCAUCUUAUUAUAUCCUGAAUCUUAUGAUUCUUGACACUCUGGACUUUUCCCACAUGGAUGGAUGUAACCUCUCGGUACUAUGAACACGACACAUCAGUUUCAUG